AUGCAAGUAGGGAACCAACACAUUCGCCCCUCCGUCCAAGAUCACUGGAACCUCCUGCUAGACACCUGCGGAAUCUUUUUCUCGGUUGUCCGUCUCGGAAUGUUAUCCUUUACCGGAUCUCACACGUCGAAUUUCGAUGAGAUGAUCUUCGGUUCCACGGAGGAGCUUGAAGUCAUCCGUGUUUCAGCAUUCAUAUGCCUUCACAAGAGGGAUCUAGCUUGCUUGCAAGAGUACGUGGGAGGAGCCGCAUGGGUCUUCGGUCCGAAUCAACUCGAGAGAGGUGCCUAUCAUGUUUCUAUUGACAUGAAAACAUUCUCUGACCUUUGGGGUCCUUUGUGGGCAUGUUCAGAAUCUGAGCAUCCCCCUGGGUUCCAAGAAAUGUAUACGGAAGGUGGUGUCAUCCGGCCUCAUCCCGACGAUACGAGUACAUACCGAUCAGAAGACGAGUUGAGGUGUCACUGGGAACCCUUAUCGACACUCGAAAUUCGUGCAAGAAUGAGGGGAUCGCAAUGCUCGCCGAGAACCGCAUCAGCCGACUACCGCAUCGGCUCCAGAAAAAUGCUCAUCGGGGCCGGAGAACAUGUUUCAGAGCAGAUUCAGACUGAGACAAGGAGCGAACCAUCAAUUCCUACGAAUGUGCUUCCACAUUUCAAAGACAACGAAAAAUGCCCGAUGAGUCACUCAUUCCUAUGUAGCAGGCGCCAGAUGAGGGUACCAGGGACAUACGGCUCGACGUAUGAGCCAGACUCGUACGCCGUCAACGCUGCAACAGGCUACAAGUUUACCAUCGGCGGUGCAAAAGGGUGGAAGCGCAGGCCGGCAAAGUCACUCAAAGAAAGAUUGCUCACUAUCCUUAGCGGAAUGAAAGGGAAGAUCAUACCACUACUGAAGGCUAAUGUUGGACUGGAGAUCAGCCGCUGUUCCAUCAAUGCGAGACGCGUCACUCUUUGGGAUGCUUUAACCAUAGCGCACGCGGGAAAGAAAAUCGCCAGCAGUGGAGCGGGAGACCAACUAUCCCUUCCACAUUUCUGCACUCACUUCAUUGGGCAGAUAGCAUGCAUUGCAGAAUGCUGGAAUCUGGCCGGAGCCUUGAGCAGGGCUGGAGUGUCUUUCAAGGAGGACACGCUCAUUGACGUAGCGCCCGGCGACAGUUCCGAAGCAUCCGAGUCCAAGUCAAAAGUUCGCGAGCUGGUUGUUGACGCAGUUGCAGAGUUGGAGCAAACGGGUGUCGAUCAGACGGAUGUUCUCCAAGCCUUUUACCCUUACGUUGAGGCUCCAACAGCCGUUUGCCUCGAUAUAAAAUCAAAGAAUAUGAAUGAAAGCAACAACUGGAUAUCCAUGGUCAAGGAGAGCCCUUCUACGGCGUGUUUUGCUGUCAUGAGUGACAGCUGCCUGGUUUCUCCACUCACCGGCUCAUCUCUCAACCCUAACUAUGGAAGGUGCUUAAUGGAUCCCGCCUUCAGCCAGAAGAAACGCUGUAGUCUCUUGCAAACUGUACUUUACAGGAGCAACUCUGAGAAAAGUGGGAAAUUAUCAGCACAAUCAGAGAGACGAAAAUCUACUCGAGGUCUCCCAUAUGGAGAAGACCUGUUCCUUGAGAACGUUGGAACGCUGAAGCCAGUCAAUCGAAGUGGUCUUGUUUUUGAAUUGAGCUGCAAGCCGUGGAAUCUUUUCCUGAAGGGGCACACCGAGGUAAAAGAGCUCAUGUUCGAUGAGCACGGAACUGACUUGAGGGGAACCUACUUUAUUGUAUGA